AGUAAGAUUUAUUAUUGUAAGUCUUAUCUUUAUUUUGACAGUAGUCUAUAUCUAUCAUAAUAUGUCGAAUGAAUUAAUUGUUUUGAUACUAUGCGUCUUUGCGAGCGUUAAAAGCCAACAAAGGCGUCUACUUGUUGAGGAGGAUUUGGCUCUCCAGGUGCAGAAACUUACGGAGAGAUUAAUCAAGUUAGAAGAUUGUGUAAAGCAACGAGGAGUUGCAUUUACUGCUACUUUAGGUGAUCAUCGUACAAAUCUCACACUCCACGAGAUUCUACAUUAUGACCAUGUUAUGACAAACGAAGGCAACAGCUUCAGUGGCGUUACUGGAAUGUUCACUGCACCUUAUGAUGGAGUGUAUGUGUUUGACGUCACUAUUGGAGUUAACGGAAAUGGAGCGACUGAUGUUUCCAUUGUAAAAAAUGGCGUAUAUCUCCAAAGAGUUUACGGACAUGCUACUACGAAUUGGGAAACUGCUACUGCUAGCGUCACGGUUCAUUUAAAUGCUGAGGAUCAUGUUUACGUAAAAAAUUCCAACUACAAUCACGGUUUGAUUGGCCACGACUUGACGACAUUUAGUGGUUUCAUGGUUCAGCCAGACUGUGCUCUAUAA